GCUAGCCUGCACUGCUGUGCUCUGCUCCAGCAUAUGCCUGUUCAGGGUUUGGAGGGAAGGAAUCACUAGUGUUCCUUUGCUAUAACCUUGAGGGAGUGCAACCAAAAGUUUUUACUGCUACGAGUGUGUGAAUUCUUCACACGAGGAGGUGAAACGAGAGAACAUUUUGUUCUUCAGUUUUGUUUGAAAUUACUCUUUGAAAGAAAUCCUCCACCCAUGCACUCACCGCUGUGUUUUUAUUGGACAACGUGGAAGAUACAAUAGAUGAAGAAAAGAACAGGCAGCAACAUUUUCAAGCUUGUGUUGUGCCUUACUGAGGCACAGCAGUGAGGGAAUCUUGGAAGAGGAAGAUAAACCAAGGCAUUUUGGAUGUACAAUACCUUGAUCUUCAGGAAAACCCGUUAAAGGAUUUGAUACCUUUUUAGUGGGAAAGAUUUCCUUUGCUGUGCUAUGCAGGAUAACUCCCAUUCACUCUGUAUCUGAGAGGAAUAUUUAGGAGAGAAACCCAGAAUGGCCAUGGAGUGGGACCACAGAGACAGAGAGCCUUGUUUGUCCCCAGCAGCAUUUGUUAAUCAGGUGCAAUACUCUAACAUCCUGGAAGGAAGGUUUAAACAGCUUCAAGAUGAGCGUGAAGCAGUACAGAAGAAGACUUUCACCAAAUGGGUGAACUCUCACUUAGGCCGAGUGACCUGUCGCAUCGGUGACUUGUAUACCGACCUGCGUGAUGGCCGCAUGCUAAUCCGCCUUCUGGAAGUGCUCUCAGGAGAACAGCUGCCAAAGCCCACUAAGGGUCGCAUGCGUAUCCACUGCCUGGAGAAUGUUGACAAAGCCCUGCAGUUUCUCAAGGAGCAAAAAGUCCAUCUAGAAAACAUGGGCUCACAUGACAUUGUGGAUGGGAAUCACCGUCUUACUCUGGGUCUCAUCUGGACCAUCAUCCUUCGCUUCCAGAUCCAGGACAUCAGUGUGGAGACAGAAGAUAACAAGGAGAAAAAAUCAGCGAAAGAUGCCCUGCUGCUUUGGUGCCAAAUGAAAACUGCUGGAUACCCUAAUGUCAACAUCCACAAUUUCACUACCAGCUGGAGAGACGGUCUGGCGUUCAAUGCCAUUGUGCACAAACACAGAUCUGACCUGAUUGAGUUUGACACCCUGAAAAGGUCCAAUGCUCACUACAAUCUCCAAAAUGCUUUCAAUGUGGCUGAGAAGGAGCUUGGCCUUACCAAGCUGCUUGAUCCAGAAGAUGUUAAUGUUGAUCAGCCUGAUGAGAAGUCCAUCAUUACCUAUGUGGCAACCUACUACCAUUACUUCUCAAAGAUGAAAGCCCUGGCAGUGGAGGGUAAAAGAAUCGGCAAGGUGCUUGACUAUGCGAUUGAAGCAGACCAGCUGAUAGACAAGUAUGAGACCCUGGCCUCAGAGCUGCUGCAGUGGAUUGAGCAGACUAUAGUGACGCUUAAUGAUCGGCAGCUAGCUAACUCACUGAGUGCUGUGCAGAACCAGCUCCAGGCCUUCAACUCCUACCGAACUGUGGAGAAACCCCCGAAAUUUACAGAGAAAGGAAACUUGGAAGUUCUCCUAUUUACUAUCCAGAGCAAGAUGAGAGCUAACAACCAGAAAGUGUACAUGCCAAGGGAGGGCAAACUCAUCUCUGAUAUCAAUAAGGCAUGGGAACGACUGGAAAAGGCUGAGCAUGAACGUGAGCUUGCACUCAGAAAUGAGCUGAUUCGCCAGGAGAAGCUGGAGAUGCUCGCUGCACGUUUUGACCGCAAAGCGGCUAUGCGGGAAACAUGGCUGAGUGAGAACCAGAGGCUAGUGUCCCAGGACAAUUUUGGAACUGACUUGGGAGCAGUGGAAGCUGCCACCCGUAAACAUGAGGCAAUUGAGACAGAUAUUGGGGCAUAUUGGGAGCGUGUGGCUGCUGUAGAGGCUGUUGCCAAAGAGCUGGAUGCAGAAUCAUACCAUGAUGUGCGGCGUAUACUUGCAAGAAGGGAUAAUGUGCUUCGACUCUGGGAAUACCUGAAGGAGCUUCUGGCUGCGCGCAGAGAGCGGCUGAAUGCUCAUCGUGACCUACAGAGACUGUUUCAAGAGAUGCGCUAUAUCAUGGACUGGAUGGCAGACAUGAAGAGUCGUCUGCAGUCUCAGGACACCGGUAAACAUUUGCAUGAUGUCUUAGACUUACUGCAGAAACACACUCUGGUAGAGGCUGACACUUCAGCUCAGGCAGAGAGGAUCAAGGCAGUGCAGGGAGCUGCAAAGCGCUUCACUUCCUAUGAACAGGCCUACAAACCGUGUGAGCCAGGACUAGUUGGUGAGAAGGUUGAACUGCUGGGUCGAGCCUAUGAGGAGCUUGGCCAGCUUGCUGGGUCACGCAGAGAGCGCCUGGAGGACUCGCGCCGUCUGUGGCAGUUCCUCUGGGAUCUUGGAGAGGAAGCAGCCUGGAUCAGAGAGCAAGAGCAGAUCCUGGCCAGUGGAGACUGUGGCCGUGACCUCACUUCUGCCCUUCACCUGCUCAGUAAACAUGAGGCUUUCAGGGAUGAGAUGGCAGCCCGCUAUGGCCCCCUGAGUAACAGCAUUGCUGCUGGGGAAACUUUGGUUAAGGAGGGACAUUCUGGAGCUCCAGAGGUCACAGAGAGGAUUGACGACAUCCAAGCUCAGUGGGCACAUCUGGAGGAGACAACUAAGCUCAGAGAGCAGAGGCUGAAGGAAGCAGUGGCCCUGCAUCAGUUCCAAACAGAUGCCAAUGACAUGGAGGCAUGGAUCAUGGAGACUCUGAGACAGGUGUCCAGUCAGGAGGUGGGCCACGAUGAAUUCUCCACCCAAACUCUAGCACGCAAGCAGAGGGAAAUAGAAGAGGAGAUCCAGAGCCACCAUCCCGUAAUCGACUCCCUGCACGAGCAGGUCCAAGCACUGCCCCAGGCCUAUAUAAAUUUCCCACAGGUGGAUGGGCGUCUGCCUGCCAUUGAGCAGAGCUAUGAAGAACUGAAAUCUCUGUCAGUAGCUCGUCGCCAGGCCCUGGAAGGUGCCCUGGCCCUCUACCGCAUGUUCAGUGAGGCUGGUGCCUGCCAGCUCUGGGUGGAAGAAAAGGAGCAGUGGUUGUAUGGCAUGGAGAUCCCAACCAAACUGGAGGACUUGGAGGUGGUGCAGCAGAGAUUUGAGACACUAGAACCUGAGAUGAACAACCUAGGCAGUCGUGUCAAUGAUGUGAACCUUGUGGCCGAGCAGCUGCUGAUCUCCGACAACUGUAACAAAGACCAAAUCCACCAGACCCGAGACCAGCUGGACAACAGAUGGAAGGAGUUCCAGCAACUUGCUGAUCAAAAGAAACAAGCCCUAGAGUCGGCCCUUAACAUCCAGAACUACCACCUGGAGUGUAAUGAGAUCCAAACCUGGAUGAGGGAAAAGACCAAAGUUAUUGAAUCCACUCAGAGCUUGGGCAAUGACCUGGCUGGAGUGAUGGCUCUACAACGCAAACUGACUGGCAUGGAGAGAGACCUGGAGGCUAUUGAGGGCAAAUUGGAUGACCUGAGAAAUGAGGCAAAGAAGCUGGCCGAGGAACAUCCAGAUCAGGCUGGAGAGAUUCAAGGACGCCUGGCAGGGAUUCAGGAUGUGUGGGAAGAGUUGAACGCCACCAUGAAACGACGUGAGGAGUCAUUGGGUGAAGCCAGCAAAUUGCAGGGCUUCCUGAGGGACCUGGAUGACUUUCAGUCCUGGCUGUCCCGCACCCAGACAGCCGUGGCCUCAGAGGACAUUCCCACUUCUCUGCCUGAGGCGGAGAGUUUGCUAGCACAGCAUGAGAGCAUCAAGAAUGAGGUGGAUAACUAUAAGGAGGACUAUGAAAAGAUGCGAGCGGUUGGUGAAGAGGUGACCCAAGGUCAAACAGAUGCCCAGCACAUGUUCUUGGCUCAGAGGCUCCAGGCCUUGGAUACUGGCUGGCAUGAGUUACGUCGCAUGUGGGAGAACCGUCACAGUCUUUUGGCUCAAGCCUUUGACUUCCAGACUUUCUUGAGAGAUGCAAAGCAGGCAGAGGCUUUCCUCAACAGCCAGGAGUAUGUGCUGUCCCACACAGAGAUGCCUACCAGUCUUCAGGGAGCAGAGGAGGCCAUUAAGAAGCAUGAGGAUUUCCUCACCACCACAGAGGCCAGCGAGGAGAAGAUAACUGGUGUGGUGGAGGCUGGACGGCGCCUCAUUAAUGACUGUAAUGCAAACUCUGAUAAGAUCCAGGAAAAAGUUGAUUCCAUCCAGGAAAGGCAUCUUAAGAAUAAGGAGGAUGCAAAUGAAUUGCUGACAAAGCUUAAGGAUAACCGUGAACUGCAACACUUCCUUCAAGAUGGACAGGAGCUCACAUUGUGGAUCAAUGAGAAGAUGCUGACAGCUCAGGACAUGUCAUAUGACGAGGCCAGAAAUCUUCACAGCAAGUGGCAGAAACACCAGGCCUUCAUGGCAGAGCUGGCCUCUAACAAAGACUGGCUUGACAAAAUCGAUAAGGAGGGUCAGGCGCUGGUGGCAGAGAAGCCAGAGCUGAAACCUAUUGUCCAGCAGACCCUGGAGGACCUACAGCGUCAUUGGGAGGAGUUGGAGGGCACCACCCGCACCAAGGCUCAGUGCUUGUUUGAUGCUAACCGGGCAGAGCUCUUCACACAGAGCUGCUCUGCUUUGGAUGUCUGGCUGAAAAAUCUUGAGGGUCAGCUGCACAGUGACGACUAUGGCAAGGAUUUGACAAGUGUGAACAUCCUGCUCCAGAAGCAUCAGAUGCUGGAGAACCAGAUGGAUGUCCGGGAGAAGGAGGUGCAGUCGCUGCAAUCUCAGGCCCUGGCCCUGUCUCAGGAAGAUGCUGGACUUGCUGAAGUAGAUGGUCAGCAAAGGCGUGUCACUGACAACUUUUCCAAUCUUCAGGAACCUCUCCAGCUGAGGAGACAGAAACUGCUCGCUUCCAAAGAGGCACACCAGUUCAACAGAGAUCUAGAGGAUGAAAUUCUAUGGGUGAAAGAGAGGAUGCCUUUGGCGACCUCCACAGACCAUGGAAAAGACCUGCCAACAGUACAGCUGCUAAUCAAGAAGAACCAGACAUUGCAGAAGGAGAUCCAGGGCCAUCAGCCUCGCAUUGAUGACAUCCACAGACGAGGGCAAACUCAAAGCCAGGUAGAUGGUGACAGACAGUCUGCCCUUGAUGAGCGCCUUGUUGAGCUUAAGGAUCUCUGGGACCAGCUGAUUGCCGAGACAGACAAGCGUCAUGCCCGUCUAAUAGAGGCCAAUCGCGCACAGCAGUUCUAUGCUGAUGCAGCCGAAGCAGAGGCCUGGAUGGGAGAGCAGGAGCUACACAUGAUGUCAGAGGAAAAGGCUAAGGAUGAGCAAGGUGCACUAGUGAUGGUCAAGAAGCACCAGAUCCUGGAACAGGCACUUGAAGACUACGCCCAGACUAUACACCAGCUAGCCAACAGCAGCCGACUCAUGGUCACCAGUGAACACCCAGAGAGCGAGAGAAUCAACUUACGACAAGCCCAAGUUGACAAGCUGUACGCAGGAUUGAAAGACCUUGCUGAGGAGCGUCGUGGACGUCUUCAGGAGAGGCUGCGGCUGACCCAGCUGAAGCGGGAGGUGGAUGACCUGGAACAGUGGAUUGCCGAAAGGGAGGUGGUUGCUGGCUCACAUGAACUAGGACAGGACUAUGAGCAUGUCACAAUGCUGAGAGACAAGUUCCGGGAGUUUGCUCGGGACACUAGCACCAUUGGCCAAGAACGUGUAGAUGGUGUAAAUGGGCUGGCAGAUGACCUGAUUGAAUCGGGUCAUCCGGAGAAUGCCAGUGUGGCUGAGUGGAAGGAUGGGCUUAAUGAAGCCUGGGCUGAUUUGCUGGAGCUGAUUGACACACGCACACAGAUGCUGGCAGCCUCCUAUGAGCUGCACCGUUUCCAUCAGGAUGCCAUGGAGGUGCUCGGACGUGUUAAGGAGAAGAGGGAGGCGUUGCCCACUGAGCUUGGCCGUGAUCUGAACACUGUCCAGCAUCUACACAGACAGCACAACACUUUUGAACAUGACAUCCAGGCCCUCAGUGGACAGGUGAACCAGGUGCAAGAUGAUGCAGCACGGCUGCAGAAGGCCUACGCUGGAGAGAAAGCUGAUGACAUUAACAGGAGUGAACAUGCUGUGACGUCUGCGUGGGAGGGCUUGCUUGAGGCUGGUCAGGCCCGCAGGAUCCUCCUGCAGGACACUGUGGAGAAGUUCCGUUUCUUCAACAUGGUGCGAGACCUCAUGCUCUGGAUGGAUGGUGUCAACCUACAGAUUGAUGCACAUGAUAGCCCCAGGGAUGUAUCCUCUGCGGGGUUGGUCAUUGCCAAUCAUCAGGACAUCAAGUCAGAGAUUGAGACCAGAGCAGACAGUUUCACUGCCUGUAUUGAGAUGGGAAAUACUCUCAUCAACAAUAAUCACUAUGCAGCUGAUGAGAUCCGUGAGAAACUUGUGCAACUCCAAGAAAAGAGAGACAAGAUCAACAAAAAGUGGCAAGACAAGAUGGACCAUUUACAAAUUGUGCUGGAGGUGUUGCAAUUUGGACGCGAUGCUUAUGUGGCAGAGUCUUGGUUGGCAGGGCAAGAACCUCUCGUGCGAACAGCAGAGCUGGGCUCAAAUGUGGAUGAGGUGGAAAGUCUAAUUAAGCGGCAUGAGGCCUUUGAGAAACUUGCUGCUUCCUGGGAGGAGCGCUUUGUUCUGCUGGAGAAACUCACUACACUGGAGGAACAGGAGAUGCAGAGGAGGCGAGAGGAAGAGGAGAGGGCACGGCGACCCCCAACACCACCCCCAACAGUUGAAGUGGCACAAUCUGAGACAGAAAGUCAAGCACAUGAUUCUGCAGCCAGAACCAGUCUGGACCAGACAACACUCAAUCAGUCAGUGUCAGUGAAUGGAGUACACAGCGACGACACAUCUCAGGGCUCGGAGUCAGAGUCAGUGAACGGACCAGGUAGAGACAGCGGGCUGGCAUCCUCUCGUCUUGAUCCGUCUGCCACAUUACCGAGCAGGGGUGGAGCAGAGUCUGAGCCAGAAACCAUGGAGGGCAUGCUCUGUCGAAAACAAGAGAUGGAGUCCCACAUGAAAAAGGCAGCUACCAGGUCCUGGCAGAAUGUUUACUGCGUCCUAAGAAAAGGAAGUCUUGGUUUCUAUAAAGACGGCAAGAGCGCUAGCAAUGGCAUUCCAUACCACGGAGAGGUACCCAUCAGCCUCGGAGAGGCUGUUUGUGAGGUAGCUCAUGACUAUAAGAAGAGGAAAAAUGUAUUUAAGCUCAGGCUAGGAGAUGGAAAAGAAUACCUGUUCCAAGCAAAGGAUGAGGCGGAAAUGAGCUCCUGGAUCCGUUCCAUCCUCGGCUCCAUUCCAACAGGAGCAGGAGACUCACCUGGUGGUCCGCGGGCCCUCAGCCGUGCCAUGACCAUGCCUCCCAUCUCCCCCGGGUCAGGUGAUACAGGAGGUGUUACCAUGCGCAACAAAGAUGGCAAAGAGAGGGAUCGUGAGAAGAGGUUCAGCUUCUUUGGCAAGAAAAAAUAGAACAUUUGUAAAAUUAUCGAUGGAAACUACAUUUGUCAAAAUUUCAACAAACUGAAACAGGCAGAAAGGAAAGUACAAACAGGUCAUACAAACACACUGCUCACAGUGCAGGCCCCAAGGAAUUUGUCAACAGCUGCUGUAUGUGGCUUCCAGAGAACUUUGUUUCUUUUCUUUCUUUCUGAUUCUCUCCCUCACCGGUUUUUAUCUGUCAUUUACUUUUUUUCGUUCGCCCAUAUUCCACAUUUUAUUGCACCCAACAAUGAAAGCCCUCAUCCAAAGGCAAUUUCAGCCAAUCAGCAGAGCUUCUUAGUCUGAGUCACUAACACAGCCAAGUUGUUGGAGGUGCGGUUGGCAUUAGCAGGGAUCCUGCCUCAGUUCAGGGCCAAUCCACCAAAUCGGCUCCUCUUCAGCAUGAAUAUUUUCUCUCCAGUGAGUCUUGACUAGCUGAGCUGUUUUGAUGCUGUGUCACUAAUAUAAUGAUGGAUGGUGGCUUUCCUCUGUGGUGCACUCUGGUUUUAGUUCCCCACUUCUUAAGCUCUCUCUUUGAGAAGGAUUACAUCAGUCUCUUUUUCUGUUCUUGGUAUUGAUGUUAUUAACCUGACCAAUAUUAUUGCUAUUAUUAUUAUUAUUAUUAUUAUUAUUAUUAUUUAUCUUUUGCUAUUGCUGGUUUGAUAAAACAAACUAAUUAAUUUGACAAUAGAUCAUCUUGAUUCAUGUUGUGGAGAGAAACACAUUUGGUUAAAGUAGUGGAGAAUGUUGGGCUUGCCCUUGUAUGUAUUAUUAUUAUUAUUAUUAUUUUUUAGGAAUGACAGUUCAUGAGGUGUUUUGAAAAAAAUAAAAUAAAGCUCAUUUGAUUUUAGCAGUGUGCAGUAAGUGAUCACAAGUUUCAUUGGGAAAAUGAUAUAUAUAUAUAUAUAUUUAAUAAGUGGUUUUAUUUUUUAUUUUAUCUAAUUUUGCCUGUAUUUGAUUAUUUCUUGGAGUGAUCUUUUCUGCUUGAUUUUCAACUUUCUUUUUGUCUGUACAAAGCAGAGAAGAUUAGUUUUCUAGUGUGUGUGUGUGUGUGCGUGUGUGUGUGUGUGUGUGUGUGUGUAUGCGCGUGUGUGAGUUGUGGUGCUGUGGAUUUUGCACGUUUAUGUUAUUCCUGAUCAAACGUGGCCAGAUGGACGCUGCUUUUCGGUACGGGAACACAGACGAAAACCAGACCCAAAACACAACAUAAUAUAACUGGAAUGAUCUUAUGAAAACUAGCUUUUCUUUGCUUUUGAUUUUAUUAUUUGUAAGCUGACCAAUGAAGUUUCUCAAGAUGGUUUCAUUAUUUCUGUUUCAGUCUUCUAAUAUCUUUUUCCAUUCUCUAUCUACUGGUGUGAAGGCAUGGGGGCAGUUUGUAGAUAAAAAAGCUGAAGCACAUCUUGUGUGACAGACUGCACGGACACAAGCAGGACAGACGGACAGCUGACAGGUCUCAUUACAGGUGAAGUGAGGGCUGUGGAAGUGAGAAUAGAUAGGCAGUGAAGAGAGAGAGAGAGAGAGAGAGAGAGGUGUACUGAGCCUUACUUGAACCCACAAGAGAUACACUAAAUCCAACCUCCAUUUAAACAGUCCUUAAAGGAAGUUUUAGAGUAUGAAGAGAAUGUUAAAAUGUGCCCUGUGGCAAUGAUCUAAUAUAUGUCAGUGGAUUUUAUAUGCAGGUACUAUAUGUAGACUGAAUUAGAAAAGAGUAAGUAUGACAGGCUCUGCUCUCUAGCAGAGUGAGUAGUCCUGAAUUCUCUUACCUGAGCCUUGCGUUCCUGCAGAUGUGGCAUGACUUCGUGUGGGUUUGUGCUUGUAUGUGUCUCAUCAUUGCCAUCAAUUCUCUUCUGUGUUGAUGUACUCUGAAAAGACAAGAUCACUUCAUAUUCAGGGCUGGAGAGCAACAUAAUAUGUGAUCGACAUUUACGAUAAUCCAAAACAAGAUCAAAAUAAUCCAGUAUAUGAUAGUUGUUUAUUAUUCUCCUCACAUACUGUACAUGUUUGAAAUGAGAAGGGCAUUUACAGUAUAUUGUGAGACUGUAGGCAGUAGAGUAAUUUUAUAUAAAUAUGUUGACACCACUGAGUUGGUUGCUGAUGACUAUAAUUAUUGUCAGUGUCAAUUUGCCUUUUCUUACUGCCAAAAUGCAACAAGAAGUAACUGGAUAACAAUUCUGAAUUGAAGAGUUUUACUGGUUGCAGGUAAUCAGUUAUUUGUAAUUUAUUACGUCUUGAAAGUAACUCUUUAAAAGCUGGUGAUUGCAUGGUUGUGUAGACCACUCUUUAGAGGGCUGAUCGGUUCGCAAGAAUGUCCCACCAAACUGCUGUGUAAACACAGAUAGCUGGAAGUAAACUUGCAUUUGGUUGCACUGGUUUAAACUGUAUAAACAGGUUGGCCUUAUUUUCCAGUCCCAAAUGAAUGUGGAACCGGUGGGACCAUUGCUCAAAUCAAAGACCCUCCAAAUCAGAGAAAAAAAGUUAUCUCAUCAUCCAGACUAAUGACUGUACCUGGUCCAAACUUUAUCAAACUGACUGCCUCGUCUCUGUCAGUGAGAUUUUGGAUCCUGGAUGUGUGACAGAGCUCCCAGUUUCAGUCCAGUUUAAGUAAACUAAACUAUGAUCUGGGAAGUUAAUAAGGUCAUUGCAUACAUAAGUGAGCCGGUGCAGUUCAUUGUGCACAAUUUCAAAUGGAGGUGUCAUUCUUCCCUAAUGAAUGAGCUAUUUUUAGCAACAAUUUCUACCUUAUCUGUGCUCUGGAUAUCAGGCACAGCAUCCAGCUGAUGGAGGGUAGUUCAAGUUUAAAGGUCACACAGUGUAUUUUCUUAUCAGCUCAUUUGAAUGUGAAUGAUUCAAAUUAGUUUGGCCAAAUUGGUCACGUGAAGCAAAAAUACUUGAUAUCACAUGAGCGCUCUCUCUCUUUCACACACAACACAUUCGCACAUAAAUACUGUACUGUAUGUUUAAUGCAGAACGACCCUGGCGAUCCAGUCCUGUGGAAAUGUCCUCAGCUGGCUGUGAUUCGAUGUUGCAUACGGCAUCCUUUUAAAAUAACAUUGUGUUACUGGUGAGCUUUGACCAGGAGAUGGAAAGUAUGUAUUAUCAAUGUCAAAGAGAUGAGUUUUUUGGUUUUGAGAGUACUUGUGACAAUGGGGUACUUAAUGAAGAAGAAGAAGAA